AUAUGCAGUAAAAUAUACACAAGGGUCCUUAUAGCGCCGCCAUUAGGCAGAACCAAUAACUUUUUGACUUUAGAAACAGGGAACUGCUUGUGAGGUCUGGCAACCGUGCUGACGACACACACCACGUCAACUUCAACUGACUGCAACUGUUCUUAAAAACCCCACACACCUCUCCAUUUCUUUACGCAAACUCUUAUUCUUUAAAAUCUGGAAACCAUGUAAUCGUUCACAGAUAAUACGGUGAGUGUGAGUACAAUACCAGCACUAUCACGCGAGGUCUAGUUUAAAUGUUAACGGCUCUAUGCUUCUGAAUGUCGCGGGCUAAUAGCUCGCGCACGUUAGCCUAGCAUCCUCGCUUCAUCUGCGGAUAUUUGAAACUUAUCCAGCCAACUAUCACAACUUAUCUUAUUAUCCCCAUGCCACAACUAAGAUAAUGUUAUUAUUGAUUCAAUCAUGACCUCACUGUCAUCGACGUCAUCUCAGUUGACGGGGUCAAGCUCUUCAUGCAGGACUCUUCCAGGGGAAGGGACUCAGGUCCACCCCAGAGCUCCUCUACUCCAGAUCCUGAGAGUAGCAGGUGCUCGGGAGGAGGUGUUCACCCUGAAGGAGGUCAUGCACUACCUGGGUCAGUACAUCAUGAUGAAACAGCUGUAUGACAAACAGAGGCAACACAUCGUCCACUGUCAAGAUGACCCACUCGGAGAGCUACUAGAAGUGGGGAGCUUUUCCGUUAAGAACCCCAGCCCUGUGUAUGAGAUGUUGAAGAGGAAUUUGUUUAUUUUGAAUAAUUCGGAUGCAGCAAAGAAUCUUUCUGUCGGCAAGGAUUCUAAUGAGUCUCCAAGUGAAGAUCCUGGUCAGGUGUCCAGUGUGUCGAUUAGCUCUGGACAGGCUCUCAUUGCUGGCAGUACCAGCACUGGUGCAACACAGAGCUGCUCACAACGCAGGCCACGUGAUCCUGAUGAAGACUCCUCAGAUGACUUGCCCAGGUCUGCUUGCAAACGGCCAAAGCUGGAUGUGACUUUGGAAGAGUGGGACCUUUCUGGGUUGCCCUGGUGGUUUCUGGGUAACCUGCGAAGUAAUUACACUCGCCGAAGCAACGGCUCGACCGAUAUUCACACCAAUCAACUCUCUCCCGGACAGGAUGAGGACACGGCCAUCGUUUCUGACACCACAGAUGAUCUUUGGUUCCUAAAUGAGGCAGAAAGCGAGCAAGUGAGUGUGGAAAUGAAGGAGGCGGUGCUGGAGCAGGGAAGUGAUGCAGAAUCUCCACAUGAAGAAGAGGAAACUGGGAAAGACAGUAAAGAUGAUAGGAAGAUGCAAGAAGAACAGGAUGAAGACUCUCAGUGUUUAAGUGAUGACACCGAUACUGAGAUCUCCACACAGGAUGCAUGGCAAUGUUCAGAGUGCCGCAAGUUUAACACCCCUCUUCAACGGUACUGCAUGCGCUGCUGGGCUCUGCGGAAAGACUGGUACAAGGAUUGUCCUCGUCUGGUACACUCCAUUUCUGUUCCAGACAUCCCCAUCUGCAGUUCACGUCCCGAGAGGGAGGAAGACGAGGAGGAUGAUGGAAUCGACAUGCCUGACUGCCUUAGGACGGUGUCUGACCCUGUCGUCCUCCCCUCGCACCACGUCUCUAGAAACAUCCCCCCAUCAUCCGCUUCGUCGUCUAAAGGAAAGGGUCCUUCCCGGCUUCACCACCACUUACAGGAGAGCUCAGAGGGUGACAGCCAGGACACGCUGGACAUGGAAACGGAAUGCCAUCCCGAGGCCAUGCUAGAACCCUGCAAGCUGUGCCGAGUGCGGCCGCGAAACGGCAACAUCAUCCACGGCCGCACAGCUCACCUGAUCACCUGUUUCCCCUGUGCCCGCAAGCUGCACAAAUUUCACGCUCCUUGCCCAGGCUGUGGCCAGGUUAUACAGAAGGUCAUCAAAACCUUCAUAGCAUGACCGGAAUAUCUUAAAGGCAUGCAUGUAUUAAACACACACUCACUUGCUACUUAAAAAAAAUAUAUAUAUCUAUGUUUCCUUGUACAUAAAUGCAAGGAGGCAGGGAAAUUGACAAACCGUUGCUGGGCUAAAAUAAAAAAACAGUACAAUUUAUCUAUAAUAAUUUUAUUGUAUAGUACAAAUCAAGUAUAAAUAAUGUACAGAAUGUAAUUUAAAGAAACUGGCCUCAUAUUAAUGGUUCGCCAUUGUUUUGUUACCAUAACUUGGCUAAAGGAAAAAGUGAUCUCUUUGCAUCUGCUUUCUGUCAGGUGAAAGAGAAGGGUUAGCCACCACAAUAUGCUACUGCCUUAGUGGGAAGAUACGGAUAAACAGUUAAAAUCCUAACCUUGAAACAGUCCAGUCAGUUUGUUAUAGCAUAUUUAAAUGGCCUUUCAGUGUACCUGGACAACUUUGGUUUUACUUUAUUUUAUAAGAUUUUUCCCCUUGCAGAUUUCAGGCACUUAAAAACUAAAGCAUCAAGUUGACCUGGUGAAAGGUUUUUCUUUGGACAUCUGUGCUUUAAACAGAUUAUAUUUAUUUAUUUAUAAACUUAAGUUUGAAUGAUCAGUCAACAGUUGCAAGUCAUUCCUGUUCUAUGAGAAGAACCAAUUGUAUUAUAGAUUGUGAAGUAUUAAAACAUCUUUUCAUGUGGAGGAGGUACAAUAGAAAAGUGUAAUUAGGCCAAUGACCGUGGUUUUUGCUUCCAAACCUUUUCUUUUGGUUGCUUAUGAUGCUCAGCUCCUACUUGUUCCAUUGUUUGUUUGUUUUUGUUGCUGUUUUUCUGUACCUGAACAGAUAUGAUGUACGAUAGAGCACAAAUAGUCCUCAAUCUGUUCAGCUCUCUGCCUUCCCUUUUAAUUCAGUUUUCCUGUCUCACACACACACACACACACACACACACACACACACACACACACACACACACACACACACACACACACACACGUACGUGUUCAGUGUUUUAUGAAGUAACAUUUAUGAGAGCGGUUAGUGGAAGGAUUUCUUUUUUUCCAUAGAGUUGCCAGGUGAGAUGACAUUUAUGGGACAAAAAAAAAAGUGUUUUGAAAGCAAUGUCUGCCAUACUUUUUUUGUUUGUUUUUAAAUAUUGCUUUAUUUUGCAGAAAGGUCAUCUGUAUUGUUGGCAGUGUUCAGUGAAAUUUACUAGAGCACUUCUGUUAUGUGGGAUUUUAGGGUUAUUGUCCUCUGCUUUUCUUAGAGCUGAGUUGUUUCCCAUAACAAAGUGGAUUGAGUCUCUGUUGUGUAUUAUCUGAGCGCAGACAUAGAAGACUCUUUGAAGAGGAAUUCUGUUGUCCUCGGCCACCAGAGGGCGAAAGAUCUUUUCACACGCGGUCAACGCAUGGGACUAGCUUUGCUUAUUUCUAAUUAAUGCUGUGUUAUUUACUUUUUGAGGAUGUGGAAGCUGUAUUAAAAUCCCAUCCAAAUUUACCUGAACUUUCUUGUGUGGUACAAAAACUGCUAUUUCACUGCCAUUAUGCCUCAUAGUAUGGAAUCGAAAACAAAUUCAUCCUAUGCCAAUGCAAUUAUGUAAUGAAGUUUGUUUUUGUUUUAUCCAGACAUGUUUUCUGCUUGGAUUUAGUAUGAACAGUAAUUGUUUUGUUUGUUUUUUUUAAAUGUAAAAUAAAUAAUCAAACCAGUGAA